UUUAAAAAAAGUUGGCUCUACAAAUUACAAAUUCAGAUUUUUAACCCCACCAUAGUGCAACAUGACUCGGAAGCUGUUUAUAGAGUAUAAUAUACGGUCGUAUGCCGUAUUUACUAACAUGACCAUAAUACCCCUCUUCAUUUUGUCAAUAAAUAUCAAGCUCCAACAAUGCAAUUCUUCCCUUUUCCCCUUCUAAUCUCUCUCAUCUCUUUAUUAGAAAAAAAUAAGCAAUUAUGUUAUCUACUGUCCCGGCCUUUUCCUUCUCUGAACCGGGUUUGGUUAAUCAUUUCUCGGGUUUCCAAACCGGAUUCACUCCUUGGGAAUGGGACAGCCCUGAUCUCUUCUCCGUGAACCAAUUGUCUCUUGAACCGGCCGUCCCUAGCCCGUGUUAUUGUGAAUCCGACACCGGUCUCGUCAGAAUUAAUUCUGGUUUUGAUGACACCAAAUCCGGUUCUGACGAACCUUGUGCCGAUUUCAUCGAAACCAAACCACGUUUUGACGACGUUGAUAUUUCACACGGCGAACCGGACUCGGACGACCCAAAACACUUGACAUCCAACCCAAAUUUGGAUUCGGGAGAGCAGAACCAUAACCGGAACAUAUUCAGCCAACCGGAGAUGACCGACGAGAGGAAGAGGAAGAGGAUGGAAUCGAACAGGGAAUCGGCGAGACGGUCGAGAAUGCGUAAACAGAGUCACAUUGAUAACUUACGAAACCAAGUAAACCGGCUUGAUCUUGAAAACCGUGAGCUCGGGAACCGACUCCGUUUAGUCAUAUACCAGCUUCAACGAGUGAAUACGGACAAUAACCGGCUCUUGACGGAACAAGAGAUUCUCCGGUUAAGAUUGUCGGAGAUGCGGCGGAUUCUGAUUAACAGACAACUUCAACAACAGCAACACUGGGAACUUUAUAAUCGGAGAAUGAAUAUGGCUGCACAAAACCCAUCUUCGAUCAUCGAUCAUAUGAUAUAAGAAAUAUGAAAUAAAAAUAUUCUAAAAUUUAGAGCAAUACCCGACAGAUGAAAGAAAAAUUCUUUCUGUGUCUC